AUGCAAGUCAUCAGCCGCCUCCCCGAGCCCUUGCCUCGGCCCAAGGACAAGACAGAAGUCAAGCGGGAGCAGCACACCAAGGCCCUCGACCUCAAGAGACCCCUCGAGAUAGAAACCCCCCAGCCAUGGGAGACGGUGAAUUCCACUAUCCAGUUCCGCAAUGCCGACACACAGUACUGGUGGGACCGGACAGGCCGCAUGUUCGCGAAGCUCAUCCAGAGGGCCGGGUACAGCGCGGCGGAGCAGUACCGCGAGCUCAUCUUCUACGCCCUCUUCGUCGCGCCGGAGCUGGGCAAGGCCCCCGACGCACAGGGUAACGUCCGGGGGUGGAGGAGCCCCGGGACGCCGGACUCGACGCCCAUCGACUUCUCAUGGGAGUGGGGGCCUGGCAACAGCGCCACCGUCCGGUACUCGUUCGAGUGCAUAGGCCCGCACGCCGGCACGGAGCUGGACCCGCUCAACUCGCACGCGACCGACGCCUGGAUCCAGAGGCUCCGCGACCAGGGCAUGGUGCCCGGGCUGGACCUCGAGUGGUACGACCACUUCACGGGGGCGAUCCUCCCGUCGCGGGAGAUGCAGCGCGACAAGACGUCCGACGUGUUCAUCGAGGAGACGACGCCCAAGGCCGGGGUGGUGGUGGCGCUGGACAUCGAGAAGGGCGGGCCGGUGAUGAAGAUGUACAUCUACCCGGGCCUCAAGGCGCUCGAGCUCGGCAUCACCAACCUCGAGCUCGUCCAGCAGGCCAUCCGCGGGCUCCCCCGGGCGCAGUACGAGUCGCUGGCGUGCGAGCCGCUGCUGCAGUACCUGGACGAGGGCACCAAGAGGUGGGGGUUCGAGACGGGCAUCCUGUCGAUUGACUGCCUGGAGCCGAGCAGGGCCCGCGUCAAGGUGUACGUGCGCGCGCGGCACACCAGCCUCGAGUACAUGAUGGACUGCCUCACGCUGGGCGGGCGCCUCGGCACGGGCGGCAGCGAGAAGGCGGUCGCGGACCUGCGGGAUUUCUGGCUGGCGUUCCUGGCUGAUGCGCCCGACAGGCUGCCCGACGACGCACCUGGGCGCGCGAGCCCGGGCUUCUACUACACCCUCGGCGCGGGCAAGCCUGUCUCGGCUAAAAUGUACGUGUCGCCGACGUACUUUUGCAAGAGCGACACCGAGGUGCUGGCCCGGCUGCGCGGGUAUUUUUCGACGAGGAGGUCGGACAUGCAGAUGGACAACUAUGACGCGGCGCUGCAUGACAUCUUGUGA